ACACAUCGCUGAGAAAAGCUUCCGCGUGCCGUCGGUUCGACCUGCUGCAGGAACACAACGCUGAACUUUACUACUGGAAAAUCAGCACCUAUUCCUACAAGGUCAGUAGAUGUUCUAACUUUAUUAUUAUUAUUAUUAUUUAAAUAUGUUUUUGAGUUUUAUUCCCGGUUUUAGUAGUUUUAUUGUGGCAUGUCCAAUAAUGCACGCGCUGAUGGAUGAGCUGUUUGGCGCGCGAGUUGUAAAAGGUGCACAGGAUGAUGCACAGGUAUACUGUGUGGAUAUUUAUGAUCAAAACAAGUUUAACAAAAACAAACAAUAAACAAAAUCCUCUGCCCCUCGUGCACCUGCGGUUGUACUAAUAAUACAGGCAGCUCAGUGUUUUAAUAUUAGAGUCUCAUCUCUUAAAAAAGGUGUCUCACCUGUGCUGGGUUUGGUUUCCGGGAAGCGCGUGCGCUGGGAAUUCACGGUUCUUCCCUCAUCAUUGCAUCCUCUUACAGACUAAAAGGCACCCCAUAUCAUUCAGAGUGCACAUGCACGGUGUAAUGCACAUGAUGGAAGGGCAUGGAGUGUCAUUCUGCAGGAGUGUAGCUGUACAUUCACAGAGGAACUGCACUUAAACGUGGAGUUUUCGGCUGAACCAGGAUUACACAAAGUUUCUGGAGAAGGAGGUCGUUUCAGGAGGAGCGCAUGAUCAGAGCUGGGUUUUCUUCUUCUUCCAGGAGAAAGUAGCUCAUGCAUGCUCGAUAAGGUCUCUAGAAGUCCCCAUAUUACACCCUAGAUUAAUCUGCGUAUUUAUUCAAUUGCAUAGGAACGUGUUGGAACAUGAAGAUUUUCUGCAAACACUCAGAAUAGAAAUGAGUUAUACCAAAGUACAAGGUAUUAGAUCAUGGGAUCUGGUUUAUAAAAAGAAGUCGUCUUUGGUCAUGGCACCGCAAAAUAUAAUCUCUAGGACGCAGACUGAUCGAGGCAGUGGUAGUGAGGUAUCUGGAAAUAGGUAUGAAGGGGAGUCUGUUAAUGUAAUUUUAUUACUGUAAAUAUUGCCAAUGAAUGAUUUUCAGAUGAAGAACAGAAACAUGCUGGUGGGACAAACAGUGGUGAUGAGUGAUUAAUCACUGGUCACCAUUCUUUCUAUUGACCAGUCAUUGGGAACAGUGGGGUCGGUGAUCAGUCGUUGGGUACAAUGAGGGUCGGUGAUCAGUCGUGGGGAACAAUGGGGUCGGUGAUCAGUCAUUGGGAACAAUGGGGUCGGUGAUCAGUCAUUGGGAACAAUGGGGUCGGUGAUCAGUCAUUGGGAACAAUUGGGUCGGUGAUCAGUCGUGGGGAACAGUGAGGGUCGGUGAUCAGUCGUGGGGAACAGUGAGGGUCAGUGAUCAGUCAUUAGGAACAGUGGGGUCGGUGAUCAGUCAUUGGGAACAAUGAGGUCGGUGAUCAGUCGUGGGGAACAAUGGGGUCGGUGAUCAGUCGGGAACAGUGAGGGUCGGUGAUCAGUCGUGGGGAACAGUGAGGGUCGGUGAUCAGUCGUGGGGAACAGUGAGGGUCGGUGAUCAGUCGUGGGGAACAAUGGGGUCGGUGAUCAGUCGUGGGGAACAGUGAGGGUCGGUGAUCAGUCGUUGGGAACAAUGGGGUCGGUGAUUAAUUUUUGAGAACAAUAGUGACCUAUGAUCAGUCAUUAGGAACAAUGGAAAUUGGUAGUUAGCCAGGGGGUACAAUGCUGCUCAAUGAUUAGUCACUGGAAACAAUGGUUACCAGUGAUUAAUUGUUGAGAACAAUGGUCUCAACAAUGAUCAGUCAUUGAAAACAGUAGUGAUCAGUGAUUAUUCAAUACCAAAGAAUGGUGAUCAGAGAGUAAUUGUUUGGCAGGGUGUACCCCGCCUUGUGCCCCAUGCUCCCUGGGAUAGGCUCCAGGUUUCCCGUGACCCUGUAGGAUAAGCGGUAUAGAAAAAUGGAUGGAUGGAUGGAUGGAUUAGUUGUUGGGAACAGUGGUGAUCGGUGAUUGAUCCAUGGAAACGUUGACUCGCACGAAUUCUAGUGACAGUCACUAAGCUGCAAACCGUGAGCAUGAUGACGAGACCCCAAAUGUCAUAGCCUAAAUCAAAAUCCCUCCGAAAGCUUGAGCAAGUGAACCAGAUAUUAAAAUGAAAAUGUGUUUGUCUAUAUAAAGGUUAUAAAGGUUGCAUUUGCACACUGACACAUUGAGGCUACCGCUGCUCCACUUACCUUUUCCCACAAGGAGAAGUAAAAUACCACGCUUUAUUGAACUGGAUUUUUAUAUGGUAGUGGAAUCGAGUGUUAUGGGACAUCAGUGAAUAAAGGGACACAUAAAUUCGAUACACGCUGAAUGGCCAAGCCCAUGGUAUCCCAUUUGGAAACAACAUGCUUCAUAAAUCUUUUUUAUCUUUGUUUUCUUAAAUGGUGUGCAAUUGUUUGGGUGUUUUUCUCUCGCUUGGUGAUGUUUUUAUAUUUUCCAGUUGUUUUACUGGAUUGGGCAACAACAACAUGGAGAAAAUUGAGUGAGUCUGAGAAAGGCGCGUGUGUGUGUGUGUGAGGUUGGAUAUCUUUCACAGCACUUUUGUUUGGAAUUUGAUUCCUCUUUAAAGAACCACUUGUAGAGUCAGCACUUGUGUUAUUGUCUAGUCAGUGUAGAGGAAAAACUGGAACAUCAAUCAGCAUUUCAUAUUAAACUUAAAAAGUACUGAAAUUUCGGAAAACACGUUUAAAUGCAGAGGAUUGACAAAUACACAAAUUAUAGCUUUAUGACUGCAUGCUGGUGCAUCACAAGUGUAACUUGUUUUUUUUUUUUAUUGGUUUUUGUGUGAAUGCCUCUUUGUUUCUUUUUUUUUUAUUUUAGAAAAAUUGUAAUAGCUGGACUUCAGAUAUAUUUAGCCAGCAAUGUAUCUUUUAUUCAACUAAACAUGCUUCCUCAGAGUCACUGACCUUCACAAUGACCUUGACUCUCCUCCUCAUCGACGCGGCGUUUAACGCACUCCUUGCUGCCUGCCGCUGAUGUGAAAACACACUCCCGACGUUUCAGUUCUGAAACCUCAGAGGCAUGAAGACUCCCCUGAGCCCGGCACAGCUGAUGGAGAACAGCCCUCCGUACUUUCCUGUCACAGAGCUGAUGGACGGAAUGGUGGACGUUUCGACGCAGGAGAGGAAGAAGCUCCUGUACUCACUCUGCGAGGUGUGUAACAUCCAGCUGAACUCGGCUGCUCAGGUGCAGACGCACUACAACGGGAAAUCACACCUGCGCAGAGUCAAACAGCUCAACAACGGAGAGAGUCCACCAGCCAGCAGCAGCAGCGUCCCAAAUCUGCUCACCACGACAAUUACAAGCAGCAGCACAGGAAGUUCAUGCCACAGUAACACGCUCCCGGCUCUUGUGCGUACGCCUCCUCUGAUGAUGCAGUCCACGCUGGACAUGAAACCGUUUAUGCCUUUCCCCGUGGAUGGAUCAUCGCCUGUCGGUCUCUUCGCCAAUUUCAGCACGAUGGAUCCCGUCCAGAAAGCCGUAAUCAACCACACGUUUGGGGUCUCCAUCCCUCCGAAGAAGAAGCAAGUGAUCUCGUGCAACAUCUGCCAGCUCCGUUUUAACUCGGACAACCAAGCCGAGGCACACUACAAAGGAAGUAAACAUGCCAAGAAGCUCAAAGCACAAGAGUCCACCAAAACUAAGCAGAAAGGCGGAGCUGGUUCGGACAACGGCGCCAAGCCAAUCAGCACUGGUCCUUCCCCCGCCCCCGCCUCCUCUGCUAUGGUCACUGACAGCACCUCUGACCAAUCAGCAGAGAAAAGCCCAGAAUCACCCAGCGCUCCCAAAGCCCCUGUCUCUCCACGUUUCUUGGUGCCUGCCUCUCCGUUAGCGUCUGGCACCUGUAAGCCGAAUCCUGCGCCCUCAAGCUCGCCGGCAGAGCACAAAGCCAGUCCCAAACCGAGCCAGGCUGAACCGAGCGCAGAAUCCGAGGAGGAGAAAGCCAAGAAACUGCUCUACUGCUCGCUGUGUAAAGUGGCUGUCAACUCCCUGUCGCAGCUGGAGGCUCACAACACAGGUUCGAAGCACAAAACCAUGCUGGAGGCGAGGAAUGGAGCCGGCCCCAUUAAAGCCUACCCUAGGCCUGGCUCCAAACUCAAAAUGCAGGCCAAUGUUCUGAAGGGUUCGGGAUUACAGAACAAGACGUUCCACUGCGAGAUCUGCGACGUCCACGUCAAUUCAGAAAUCCAGCUCAAACAGCACAUCUCAAGUAGAAGGCACAAAGACCGUGUGGCAGGAAAACCUCUGAAGCCCAAAUACAGUCCUUACAACAAGCAGCAGCGCAGCUCCAGCUCCCUUGCAGCUAAGCUUGCACUCCAGAAAGACCUCGUGAAACCCAUCUCUCCAGCCUUCAUCUCCUCUCCAUUCUCCUCCACCACGAUUCCGUCCAUCUCGCUCCACCCGCGCCCCAACACCUCCAUCUUUCAGACUCCGGCGCUGCCAGCCUCCUUCCUGCGAGGGGCGCCGGGGCCCAUCCGGCCCUCCAGCAGUUCCAUCCUCUUUGCCCCGUACUGA